AUGGUGCGCCUGAUACCGGCGCUCAAGUCGAUGGUGUACUUGAUCCUGGCGCCGGGGCCUCCCAGGAUGUUGCAGUCUUGCGUGUUAGGCUCACAGGAGAUCGCGAGGUCUUUGAAGAGCUUCUUGUGGACGGUGGUGCUGCUGUUGAUCCUGAUGUACUGCGUGGCUGUUUACUUCACCGAGCUGGCCUUCGAUCUUCAGCACAAGCAUCCGGACAAAGACUUCACAAGCGUCCGUCAGAGUUGGGGUUCCAUCGGCAGCUCCAUCCUAUCGCUCUUUCAAGCCAUAACUGGAGGUGACGACUGGCAGAACUUCAUCCUCGUCUUCGACAUAUCUGGGGACGGCAGCGUCGUGAACACCUUGGUCUUCUCCUUGUUCAUCGCCUUCGCCACAUUGGUCAUGAUGAACCUGGUUACUGGCGUCUUCGUGGACGGAGCUCAGCGGAUUGCGCGUGAAGAGAAGAACCAGGAGCUGCUCAAGCACGUGCGCCGGCUUCUUGCACCGCAGGAGGCGAAAAGCAACGGAGAGGUCGGGGCCGAUGAUGACUUCGUGACGUGGCUCGACUUCUGCCAGAAGCUGCACAACGAAGAAAUGCGCGCCUACCUCAUGGCUUUCGAGAUGGACACGGGGCAGGCGAAGGAUAUCUUCUACAUACUUGAUCAAGAUCGACAAGGGAAGGUGACCAUGCGCGAGUUCUUCUCUGCUUGCGUGAACCUCCACGGCCCACCAAGGCUGGCAGACACAGCGAUCCUCCGGCACUUGGUGCAGAGAACCUAUGAAGACCUGGACGGGCACUUGGAUCGACUGGAGGCACUUCUUGGAGGAGCGAGCGUUGGCUUCCGCGGUAAGCAAGUGGCGGAGGGGCCGCCUCGAUCGUCCCUGCCGAAUCUCGCCAACACAUGCCCAGCCUUCCACAAGCCAGACUGA